AUGGGUUGUGGCGAAUCAAAGCAUGAUGUUGCCACUGGAAACACCAUCACCCUUAAGAAAUCUGACACAGGAAGCAAGAAUAGCGAAGGCACAGAAGCCUUCAUCGACGCAGCAUCAAAUGAUAAUACAAACACAGACGCAUCUGUGACACACCAAGAGAGGGAGAUUAGUGUUGGCAACGGCAUUGAAGAUGCACAAAAUGUGAAGGAUAUAACCGAGGACAUAGAAUUAGAGGGAGGAGAAAACAAAACUGUUGCUUCAGAACCUGCAAAAAUUAUGUCUAAAGAGUCACCAAAUCAUUUCUUCUCAUCGAGGAAAGAUGAGGAAGCCAUUGAUGCUGAGGGAAGGUCUGAAAAGUCCGAGUAUUGUUCUCCACGACAUGAAGCUGAGAAGGAGAGUUUGUUCAAUGAUGAUGUAAAAGCCGAAAUUGCUGUUGAGGAAAAAUUGAUAGAACAAAACACAGGAGAAAUAGGAGAGGAUAUAAAAGCGAGGCAAGAGAAUUUGGCGAAGGAACCAGAAGCGUCAACAGUCAUUGAAGCAGAGGUUUCUACAUCUGAAGAAAAAAAGGAUUUCAGCAAUGAGAAGUUAUCUAAUGCAAAUUCAGUUUAA